CACACACACACACACACACACACACACACACACACACACACAUUUACAUUUCUGGCAUUUGGCAGACUUUCUUAUCCAAAGUGACUUACAGAAGAGCUCUGAAGUGUCAAUGAUAUUCAUCCCUACUGCUUCAGUGGGACACACAGUAACAACACCAUCAGUCUGAAACUCUGUUGCACACACACACACACACACACACACACACACACACACACAGCCUCCACCUGCACCACAUCGACAAGAAGAGAGAUGCCAGGACCGAGGCCUGUAGUUCUGAGCGGUCCGUCCGGAGCAGGGAAAAGCACUCUACUGAAGAGGCUGAUCCAGGAAUAUGAGGGAGUGUUCGGAUUCAGCGUCUCCCAUACAACCAGGAAUCCACGUCCUGGAGAAGAAAAUGGAAAAGGACUGAAUUGUCUCCCAAUGCUACUGGGGGCAACGUUACUGCCCGUGGCAGACGUCCUGUCCUCUAUAUCGUCUGAAGAUUACCACUUCACCACCCGGGAGAAGAUGCAGGAGAGUAUCGAUAAUGGCGAGUUUAUCGAGAAUGCCGUGUUUUCUGGAAACAUGUAUGGCACCAGUAAGUUAGCCAUAGAAGAUGUUCAGGCCAAGAACCGGAUCUGCAUUCUAGACGUCGACCUUCAAGGGGUGAAAAACAUCAAGCAAACAGACUUGAACCCCAUCUAUAUCUCCAUCCAGCCUCCGUCCAUAGAGAUCCUGGAGAAGCGUCUCAGAGACAGGCAGACGGAGACAGAGGAAAGUCUACAGAAACGUCUGGAAGCGGCCCGUGUCGACAUGGAGCGCAGUAAGGAACCAGGCAUCUUUGACAUUGUCAUCGUUAACGAUGAUCUGGAAAAAGCCUACGAGAGGCUUAAAAGUGCUCUUAUCACGGAAAUUCAGAAGGUUCAAGAUGCUAAAAAGUAAGAGGACGAAAACCAUCUUGUCCUCUUGGGAACCGACAUGAAGCCUUUCUUUCCAGCCUUCAAGCAACACAAAUCUAUUCUACGGUCAUUUAUUAGAGAAACAAUUCGACAUGACACUGAAAUAAACUUAUUGACAGGCUAAGUCUUAGACAACAUGUCAUGCUAACACGGCUGAUGGAAAACGUCAGUAUGAUUUUCAUUAUUAAAGUGAAUUCUUUAAUUCAGUCUUAAGCAUAUGACGGUAUAUAAGAAUCAUGUCUGGAAGUUCAUUACAUCAGCAUUUUAUUCUUCUUUGUGUAAAUUAUACAGACUACAAAAAUUCUGGGUUCUGGGUAGUAAAGAUGUGCUAGAAUUUUGUGGACCUAGAGAUGCUACGGGAUAAACGUCAUUCAGAUCGAACUGAAAAUAAAUGUCUUGAAUGUGACUUGAAUGUUUAUCUGAAUAAAUGUGUAGACGCUGAUACACAUAA